AUGGCGCCUCCCGUCGCGCGCCCAGCGCGCGCCGCCGCCCGCUACCGCCCGGGCAAGGCGCUCGGCGGCGACGGCGGCGCCUCGGCGUCGGGCAGCGGCAGCGAGUCGGAGAGCGAGGCGCGCGCGUCGUCGACCGCCGCGCCGCUCUCGUCGUUCGCUGCGCCGCAGCGCACCGCCGGCGUCGUCAUCCAGAGCGGCGAGCGGCCCAUCGACCUCAGCCAUGUGGUGGUGGGCAAGCGCGCGCCGCAGCCGCCGCAGGCGGAGAGCGAGAGCGAGUACGAGACGGACACCGAUGAGGAGGGACCGGCGCCGCAGCCGGCUGCACGGCCCGUCUUCCGCAGCGCAAAGGACCGAGGCGCGGCGGUCAAAGAGGAGAGCAGCGAGUACGAGACGGACAGCGGCGAGGAGAGCAGCGAGGAGGAGGCGCCGGCGCGUGUGCUGCAGAAGCCCGUGUUCGUGCCAAAACGGGCGCGCACGACCAUCGCCGCGCCGCCAGAGGAGGAGGCCGAGACGCCGGCCGAGGACAAGGAGACGCUCGAGGCGCAGAAGCGGCGCACCGAGAGUGCCGCGCUGGCGGCGGAGCGCAUCAAGCGCGAGAUGCUCGAGAAGGCGGCGCAGGACGACGUGCCCGACCUGGACGACACCGACGGGCGCGAUCCGGACGCCGAGUUCAGCGCCUGGCGGCUGCGCGAGCUGGAGCGCCUGGAGCGCGAGCGGCAGCGCGUGCGCGAGCGCGAGGAGGAGCAGGCCGAGAUCGAGCGGCGGCGCGCCAUGCCGGCGGCCGAGCGCGAUGCCGAGGACAUGGCGCGCGCAGAGGAGACGCGGCGCGAGAAGAAGAAGGGCAACCAGGGCUUCAUGCAGAAGUACUACCACAAGGGUGCCUUCUUCCAGGACAUGGACAUUCUCAAGAAGCACGACUUCACCGAGGCGACGGAGGGCACGGUGGACAAGUCGAGCCUGCCCGCCGUGCUGCAGGUGCGCGACUUUGGCAAGCGAGGCCGCAGCAAGUAUACCCACCUCGCCGACCAGGACACGACGCGCUCGCAGAACAGCGAUCCGCGCUUCCGCGCCGCGGGCGCCGGAGCGGGCGGCAGCAGUGGCGGAGCGAGCGGCAGCGGCGGGCAAGGCUGCUUCGCCUGUGGCGGGCCACACCUCAAGCGCGACUGUCCCGGGCUCGGCGGCAGCGGCGGCGGGCGCGGCGCAGACGCAGCCACGGGCGCCAAUGGCGCACCGCGCGCCGCUGCCUCGCGCGAGUGGGGCGCUGCACCUGUGCCGAGCCGCUAUGGCGGCGGCGCAGAGCGCGGCGAGAAGCGCCCGCCGAGCCGGGAACGCGAUGGGCGCGAAAAGGUGCCGCGCUGGGACGGCCGAGGGGAGCGGGAACGCGAACGCGAGCGGGAAAGGGAGCGGCAUCGGGAUCGGUGAUGCGCGGCAAUGCUACUUAUGCACAAGC